AUGGAAGGAUGGAAAGGAACAUUUUUUAAUGGAUUACAAAAGGUGAUUGGAAUGACAACUGAUACAUUAUAUAAUAUUAGUUUGAAACCACAACAACGAUUCUAUCGAUUUCUUAUCAACAAUAGUAUUAAGUCUUAUCUUUUAAAUCCCAUUCAAAGAGAUGAAUUCGAUACACAGUUUAACAAGGGUGCUAGUAUCAUUACACUUCAAAGUGUUAUUCUAGACAGCGAUGUUUUAAAUGAAAAGUUUACCAAUGGUCUUCCAUUUCACUUUGAUCAAGUUCGUAUUGAACGACUAGAGUUUCAUCUUCCCAUACUCAAAAUUAUGAGUGACCCUAUUCGUGUACAUGUCAAAGGUGUAGAGAUUAGCAUCAUACCAGGUGCUCGAAAUGUCAACAACUCCAAUAACAACAUGUCAGUCAUUCAUUCCUCCUUAUCUUCAUCCACUUCUACAACUCCAUCGUCAACACUUAGAUCAUCGAUUAGUUCAAGUGUACUUGGUUUGGAUAGUUCAAUAGAAGACGGUGAAUCUAUCAUUGUAGAUAAUCGUCCAGAAGAGCAAGAUGAGGUGUUUGAAGGUUUACAAGAACAUCUUCGUAACAUCUUUUCAAAUGCAAUCGUAGAGAUUGAAAACAUGUCAGUCUUUAUUCAAACACCAGAAUCAAAAUCAACCAUUGAAUUUAAUAUUUCUCAUGCUUCAUUUAUGUAUGAUAAAUCAAAUCAACAACAAGAAGAAGAGGAUAAUAAUAAUGAAGAAGAUGAAGAAGAAGAGAUAUUAGAUAGGGAAGAGGAGGAAGAAGAAGAAGAAUAUAAUAAUAAUAAUAAUAAUAAUAAUAAUAGUCGUAAUAGUUAUGGUAUACCAAAGAUUGAAUUUGAUCAAGUUUCAGUAAUGGUUCAUAAAAAAGAAGGAUCGGUUAUUCAAUUGGAACAUCAACACUAUUUCUUUGCAUGUGAUCAAGAGACAUCAAACCAGAUGAAUAGAAUUCUUAUACAACAAUCGACCGAUACAAUGUUGGAUAUUGAUAUUCAAUUUAAUAGUGCAAUCAAGGGAAAUGUAGGAGAGGAUCAAGUAUCUGGUUUAAUGGAUUUAAUUAAUCGUGUUAGUACUGCAUUCCAAGCAUUUGAUAAAAUAACAACAAAGACAACAACAAAUUCUUCUUCUUCUUCUUCAACCAAAACAACACCAUCUAAAGGAGGAUUCAACAAGAGUAUUGAUGAAAAAGCAUUAUUACAAGAAGCACCACCAAAAGAUAUUAGACUUUGUAUUAGUAUACCAAAGAUUCAUUAUAUUGUCAAUUUGCCAUUAAUGGAGGAUAGUAUAUGUACCAAACCAAACUUUAAAAUUCAUAUACUUGGUAAUCAAUGUAGUGUAGAGUUUUUAAAGGUUUAUGAAAGAAAUGUCGCUAGUCUAUCCUCUUCUUCAUAUGUUUCAAAUCUAUCAAUUGCAUUUGAUAAUUUGGCAAUUGACUUGUUGCCAACUGGAAAGAAUAAUGAAACCAAGUAUAGAUGUUUGGCAAUUCAAUCAUUGGAUGAUGGUGAUGGUAUACAAAGACCAACUAUUUCAAUUCAACAAAUUGUUCGAGGUAGUGGUACUCAGGUCGGAGGAAUAGUUGACAGUUCAUCAGAAAUAUUCCUUUCGGGUAUUCCAUCAGACACUACUCAAUUUAAUGAAAAGAAAUAUUUGGAACAUAGUUUUUUGUCGUAUCGAUCACCUGCCAACAUCAACCCAUCGAUAGAGACUGCCAACAAUAUUGCCACAACCAAGAUCAACUGUAUCUUGCCCGAUGUGGUGCUGACCAUCUUUCAAAGUGACUAUGUGUGUCUGAUAAAGGCAUUUGACCUCAGUUCGGAUGCACCACAAACCAGUUGCAUGCAAUUCACCUUGUCGUCGAGCACUGCAAACAUUGAAAUGAAGUUUGACAAUGAUCACAGCAACAAUGCCAACUGUCCAUCGACCAACCAUUUUGUAUCAUCAUUUAGUAUUAUGGCAAGUGACCUCAACCUAUACAAUUGUCUAGGUUAUCCAUCCGAUGUAUUUGCAGCCAAUCAAUUUGACUCCUCGUUUAUUCAUCUUUCACUUUUAUCGUUGGAUUGUGUCGCAAGAUUACUUCCAUCAUCUUCCUCUAAAAUCAUCUCUUCAUCAAGUCAAUUAAAUUUAAAUUCAAAUCAAUUAAUUGAACAAUUAUUUUUUUCAACAAAUAUUAAUAUUGAUGGUAUACAAUUAUUAACAUCAACACAAAAAAUAUCAAUAUCUCAACAAUUUGAAUUAACAAUUGGUGAAAUUUGUUUCAUACCUUCAAUGACUUUAAUUACAGGAUUUUUAGAUUGGAUUAAAGUUGAUAAUGACAAUUGUAAUAACAAUAAUAAUAAUGUAAAAGUUAAUAAUAAUAAUAAUAAUAAUAAUGUAAAUAGUAGACAACAACAAGAAAAACAAAAACAACAGUCAAAUGACAAGUCAAAUGAUAAAUCAAAUGCAUAUCAUAUAGAAUUAAAUAAUUGUAUGGCAAAAUAUAUGAAUGAAUCAUCACAAUUAAUAUUAUUGUAUGACAAGUUGACAGUAUUGGUAUCACCAGAUGGAAGAAGGGAUGAUUUAUUGCUCAUGUUUAAUCCAGUUCAAAUCCUUCUCAAGAGUUCAGAUAGUGGUGGUCACACUCAAUUCUCAUUCUCUACCAUCAAAGAUUACAUCACGGUUGGCUAUUCAAAACAAGAAUUAAUCAUCAUGCUCAAGAAUGUAUUAUCGUCAACUCAAGGUCCAAACAUUGAGAUAUUAUCCAAUCACUAUGACUUUACCUUUACAAAGUCGACCUAUAAUUUGUUUACCACAAUUGUUCCUCAAUUUAUCGAUACCAUUUCAAAGUAUAUGGUGUUGCCCAAAGUGGGAGAUAAUCAAGAGGAACAGAUUGAACAAAUUGUCGGGUUUGUUGGACAGAGUCAAAUCAAGGUUAUGGAUGAUGACUAUGAUGGUCACCAGAAAACACCUCAAUUACAUGGAGGAGGAUCUUCAUCGACUGUUGACAACAACAAUAGUCAUUUACAUAGUACCAUUUAUGAAUUCAAUGAAGAUGAUGGUAUUGGAGAUUUCGAAGUGAUUCAUCGUGAAAAGGAAUUGGUCAUUGCAUCACAAAUUGUAGUGGUUGAUUUAUACCUCAAUCUAGUGUUUACAGAUGAAGAAGAUAAUAGUGUCGAUCCAUUACAAAAGAAACAACCCAAUAGUGUUAGAAUCGAAUGUCACAUUGCCGAUAUCUUGUUGCAAAACUUUGAAACUAGUAACCACCAACAACAAUCCAACAAUAAUCAUCGAUACAACAAAUCACUCAAAGUCAAUGUCACUGAUAUCUUUAUACACGAUAAUAUCCCCAAGUCACCCUAUCGUAAUCUAUUUGGACCACUAUCACACUACAAGGAGAAAAAGAAAAAGAGUCAACAUCUCAUCUCACUCAUACUAUACAGUCGUGACGAUUCUUUUGGUCGUCAAUUCUACAAUAUCAAAUUAUUGGUUGAUCCUCUAUUUAUUCAAGCUUAUCAAUUAACUAUUGAUUUCUUAUUAGAUUUUUUUAUUAAUCAACAAAAUCAAAAUCAAAAUAAUGAAUCGAAACAACCUCAGUCUCGGUCUCAACAAGAAACAACAUUUUAUGAUGAGAUUGAAAUAUUCCCAUUAGAAGUUAGAAUUGAUUAUAAACCAAGAACAACUAAUAAGCAAGAUAAUAAUAAUAGUAAUCAACAACAACAACCACAAUCACCACAUAAUGGACGUCAACAAAAUGGAGAUAAUGGUGGUAAUGAAGAAGAGAAAUAUUCAUCAUUUACAAGUGGAGAGUAUGUUUGGAUGUUUAGUAUGAUUCCAUUGAGUGAAGCCAAUUUUACAUUGAAUCAUGUACAUUUGCAAAAUGUGCCGGGUAGCAAGCUGGUAGAGAGUGUCUUGUCAGUGUACCAACCCAACCUGCUCACCAAUGGUGUGUUCCAAUACUUGGGUGGUGUAGCACCCGUUCGUAUCCUCUUUAACAUUGGGUCAGGUAUCACUGCACUCGUACGUAAACCCAUUCAAGAGGCACGUGCCAACACCAAUGCAGGUGUAGGUGGUAUGGCUGGUGCAGUUGGUAAAGGUGUCGGUUUAGGCAUCCAAACACUCACAGUAGAGAUUCUCACUGCAUCUAGCAAGGUUGUCAGUGCCACAUCAUCACUACUUGGUAAACUCAGUAACAACUCUUCAACAAACCAAAGUCACAUGUACAACACAAACAACAAUCAUAAUCAUAGUGGUAGUAGCGGUCACAAUUCGAUGGAUCAUAGUGCCAACCAACAACAAUUAUCAAAUCACCCACAAUACAACUCAAUUUGGGUGAGUCAGCCUGAAAACUUGUCACAAGGUGCCCACAAGGCCAUGUCACAGGUGAUAGGGGGAUUCUACAAUGCUGCCAUGGGUAUCCUCUCCAAGCCAAUCACAUCGUACCAAGAGAGUGGUACCAAAGGAUUCCUCACUUCUCUAUUAUGGGGUGUCCCAGGUGUUGUCGUAUCACCCAUGGUUGGUCUUGCCGAAGGUUUCACUUCCUUUUCAAUUGGUCUACGUAAUUCUUUAGAUUCUUCAAGAAUUGUAAAUGAUCAUAAAAAAUAUAAAAGUAAUAUUCUAAAAUAA